UUGGAAAUGAAGAGUACCAUGUCUUCGGUUGGCGCUUACUACAGGGGAAAGUCAGUCCUGGUGACAGGCGCCACUGGGUUUUUGGGCAAAGUCCUGGUCGAAAAGCUUCUCCACUCCUGCCACGAUGUGAAAGCUGUCUAUGUGCUUGUGCGGCCCAAGGAUGGCUGUUCCAUGCAAACUCGAGUGGAGAAUCUGCUGAAAUGCAAGGUGUUUGACAGAGUCCGCGAAGAAUGGCCCAGUUUCCAUGAGAAGGUUAAGCCCAUCAGUGCGGAGCUCACCCAGCCCAACCUGGCCAUCUCUUCUGAAGACACCAAGGAGCUGCUCUCUGAGGUCAACAUGAUCUUCCAUUGUGCUGCGACGGUUCGCUUUGACGAGCCCCUGAGGGAGGCCCUUCUCCUGAACGUCAUGGGCACCCAGCAGCUCCUGGCUCUGGCCCACCAGAUGAAGACUCUGGAAGCCCUCAUCCACGUUUCGACUGCCUACGCAAACUGUAACCGGAGGCACAUAGAGGAGGCCCUCUAUCCUGUUCCUGUGGAGCCAAAGAAGCUUUUGGACCUGGUGGCGUGGAUGGACGAGUCCAUCAUUGAAGCAAUCACCCCCAAGUUGAUUGGAGACUGGCCCAACACCUACACGUUCUCCAAAGCUCUGACCGAGCAUCUGAUUCAGCAGGAGAAAGGGGACUUGAAUGUUGCCAUCGUCCGACCCUCCAUCCUGGGAGCCAGUUGGCGGGAGCCCUUCCCAGGUUGGGUCGACAACUUCAAUGGCACAAGUGGCUUCCUUACUGCGGCUGCAAAAGGGAUUUUACAGGUUGUAAAAUGCAACACAGAUGCAGUAGCAGAUAUCAUCCCAGUAGACCUUGCUGUCAACUUAACCAUCACUGCUGGGUGGUACACUGCAGUUCAAAGACCCAAAUCACCACUGAUCUACAACUGUACCUCAGGUGGCCUCAACCCAUUUUGCUGGGGAGACUUGGAAAUUCAUGCGAGAAAUACAUUUGAAAAGAAUCCACUGGAGAAACCCUUCAGAGUACCUGAAGCCACCCUGACCUCGAGCUCCUUGGUCCAUCAGUACUGGAUAUUUGUCUGUCACACAACCCCUGCUUUUCUCUAUGAUGUGUAUCUGCGGCUGACUGGAAAGAAGCCACGGAUGAUGAAGCUUUUCAGUCGCUUGAACAAGACCAUGAGUCUUCUUGAAUAUUUUACUAGCCAUUCCUGGGAUUGGAGCUCCGACAAUACGAACACGUUAAUGAAAGAGCUCAGUCCAAAAGACAAAAACUUAUUCUGCUUUGACAUCUGUCAGCUGACUUGGUCAGAAUACAUACAAAAUUACUGCUUAGGAAUUAAGAAGUAUCUGCUGAAUGAAGACAUGGCUGGAAUUCCUGCAGCCAAACAGCAUCUCAGAAAGCUCAAGACCAUCCAGUAUGCCCUGAAGGCCACUCUGCUUGUGAUCCUCUGGCGCAUAUUCGUUGCAAAGUCAGAAAUGGCUCAGAAUGUAUGGUGUUUUGUAGUAAACCUCUGCGACAAGGUUCUUCGCGACUUUAGAGCUUCCAGCUUCCCUCAGUUCCCUUCUGUGUCUUUCCAGGAAAUCUUUUACUUUAUGCUCAAGACCAUUCAGUAUGCCCUGAAGGCCACUCUGCUUGUGACGCUCCGGCGCAUAUUCGUUGCAAGGUCAGAAAUGGCUCAGAAUGUGAGACAUUUCGUAGUAAACCUCUGCGACAAGCUUCCUUGCGACUUUAGAGCUUCCAGCGCCCGCGGGUAG